UGAAGUCCGUGUCAGAUGAGACGUUUAAACUCCAACGGUUCGUACACAUUCAACGGUCCUGAGAACAGAAGAGAGUCAUCUUUGGAGAUCCAGACAGACAUAAGCAUGGAUAUCGGUGAAAAUUCCCUCCCUAACAGCAUCAACCCUAAUAACUUUCCUGCCAAACUAUGGCGUUUAGUGAACAACCCGUUAAAUGACGCCAUCUUCUGGGACAAACUCGGCAAGGUGGUUGUCAUUGAUCAGCAUCUCUUCGAGAGACAGAUCUUGUCUCCUAGCAACAUCGCCACCCUGGACAACCUCGACUACUUCAAAACGACCAACUUCUCCAGCUUUGUCCGUCAGCUGAAUCUGUAUGGCUUCAGGAAAGCCGAUCCAGCUGUUAAAGACACCGGGGACAAUGCAGCAUAUCAUCAUUUUUACAACCCAAACUUCCAACGAGACCAACCUGAACUUGUUGCGAGGCUGAGGAGACUCACUGUCGACAACAAGGCUAAGAUACAAGCUGGUGUGAACGUGAGAAGUCGGCCCCCCAAUAGAUACCUGCGAUACAUUGGGGGUGAUGAUGGCACAGAUAAAAAUGUGAAAAGAGUCAGUCCUUCACUGCUUAGCCCCACACAUCAGGAGGCAACUCAUCCUUACUAUCCCAGUAAAGCUCAGCCCCUGACGGCACACAAUGGAACCCCAGUCCCACCACGAUUCCUGAUAAGAGGCCAUGGUGCAGCUCUUUCGCCGACUGUCUUUGCUUCAGAAAAAGGGAUACAAGUGUCUUUAAGCCACCACUAUGCUGGAGUAGCCUCGAGCGCCAAUGCCACGCACAUUCAGCAGAGUUUACUGUCCCGUGCAAACCAUGGAAACCCAAAUUUCCCUUUUACUUCUCCAAAUGCACAUUAUCCACCUGGCUACUAUUCCCCAGUUUACCAGUGCUACCACCAGAACCUUGUGGCCUCACAUAUGGCAGAUAGUGGGCUUCAGACGGGCUCGUUUUCUCCCCACAGUUAUUACCAGGCGAGCUAUCCUGUGAAUAGGUUGUGUCAUGGGGACAACAACCAGGACAGAAAGAACAAGGAACACCAGGAGGUGAAAAAAUUUGACAUUAACUUGGACACCAUUUUCCAGAUCGCAGAUGAGGUGAUGCAAACUCCGCCCAAUAACAACCUGGUUAGAGUCGUGACCCCGGAGAAGCCAGGCCCUAUGUUAGUGCCGUUCACCUGUAACAACCCCAUGAAAGCUAACCCGUCGUAUGGACCCAUUAUAAUGGCUGUGUCAGGCAAUGCUAAUCUAAUCAAAUGCGAACCGCAGGAAGUCUCUGUGGUUUCAGUACCUGAGCAGAUGCCUGAAGAUGCCAUAUUCGAGGUUACCGUGGAUGAUGCAAAGGACACUGAGGUAACAGGUGUUAGCGAGGGAAACCAGUCAGGCUGAGAACAGCAAAGGGACAGGAAGUACACCAAAUCUUUAGAUCUCAGUUGUUGAUUUGAUUGUCAUGUGACAGGGAGUCUUGAUGCACUUCAGGAUUUGAUCUCAGAUUCUCACUGUUAUCAGACUUUAUUCUCCAUUUUAUGUGUAAAAGAUUGUUGAUGUGUUCUAUUUUAAAUCUUAUUUAUUUCUUGUAGCAAAAGUAGUUAUAGGCUGUACAUUUGUGUAUUUUAAUAGUAGUGAUUUGUUAGUGACUUUGGAAAACAAUAAUUUGAGUAACA